CUCAGGAUCGAAAUGCGGCAGACACCCUAGCUGUCAUAAUGCAAUUGAUCUCAAUCCGCAUACCUUCUGCUUGUCAAACCCAAAGGACGCGCAUUUCUGUGAAGACUUUUAGAUCUCAUAAUUAGAUCUUCAUGGGCCGCAUUUACGUAAGCUAGCCGCACGAGAGACGUUGAUUGAGUGUUCGUUUCCACCUCUUUGGGUGUCGGGUCGAACACAAAGCGGACUUUUCAGGCCACAGGCCAAUGACUGCCAUUUCGAAUUACGAUCAACGACAUAGCCUGAUUCAUCUUCAUCGAAUAUGGCCAGACGAGCACCUCCAAUUUGUGCUGCCAUCUUGGUUACAUUAAUUUUAUACACCACGGCACAACAAAGAGGGCAUGCCAUGGUUCCGUCUCUGUCAAGUGUUCGAAAUAGCACUCUUGGGUUCGAGCUCAUCCUCGCUGUAUCAACGGGCGGUUCUUGGAGGCGCGAUGGCCUUCUUGAAGCAGCUGAGUUGACAGGGUUUCAUAUUCAAAUGCCCCAACAACCCACUUGGGCAGAUCAAGAUACACAGCAGUUCACGAGGCAGACCUCCCGAACUUCAGGCAAGAAGCUUACGCUCGGUGAGGCAGGGUGUUGGCUCGGCCAUUUACAUCUUCUGAAGUAUAUCGCGACCGCGAAUCAAGACACCGCGUUAGUCCUUGAAGAUGACGUCGAUUGGGAUGUUGCACUCAAGGACCAACUCGAGCUCGUCUCGCCACUGAUCCGAACGUUCUCCGAUACUGAUCUUUCUACUUCGAAAGAAAACAUGGAGCCGUAUGGCACAGACUGGGACCUCCUCUGGCUGGGCCACUGUGGCGACAUUAUUCCUCGCUCCGGUGUACAGAGUAUCUAUGACACAUCCCUUCCCGUAGACGGAAUCUACACUGAAAGUGACGGAAGCCAGACUCGCUUUCCCCAGUUCACUCGAAUGGUACACCGUUCCGUGUCCCCAAUCUGCAGUUACGGCUACGCUGUCACAGGUCACGGUGCAAUGCGAAUAUUGGCUCUUGUAAGCAGCGGGGUAGACGCGCAAGUCAGUGAGCAGUAUCAAUUCUGGUGUAAACAUGGUAACUUGAAGUGUAUAACGGUCAAUCCCGAACUUUUCCAUCAUCACAAGCACGCUGGGACUUUUGCCAGUGAGAUUGAUGCAGUGGAUGGCUGGAGGGAGGAUAGUGAUUUGGAGGCGCAUAGUUAUACGAUCAAUGUUCGGAACAGCGCACGGUGUCAAGCACAGGCUAGAAGAGGUGCACCUUGUAGUUGAUUGUAGCAGU